UGUGAAAUACAGAGUAACUGAGAUCUUCUUCAACCUAUCUUCUUCAACCUAAUUUUAGUUUUCUGGCGGAAAAACUUUCAUACAAUCAGCAAGUUUGCUUGGGAAACGUGAAUAUUAGAUUGAAAUCCCGUUUCCCAUUCGUUUCCGGGAUGAAUUCAGUUUCAAACACGUCUCCAUUUUUCUGAAACGGUUUCGGCGCGUUCCGAAACGCGUUUCCCGGUUUCCCCGUUCCAGGACGUUUCGGAAACGGUAAGUCGUGAUUUUUUUUUUUGGCGUUUCCGUGCUUCGUAGCUCUCUACAUUCUAACGUGGAUGACAUUGGGACCAUAAGCAAAACUGAAUUGAAGAGGGUGGGAGGACAUGGGAAAGAAGAACAAGAGUAAAAGAGAUUUUUAAGAAAUAAGACAUGGUAGUGAGGUGGCCAAUGCUACUUAAUCCGACGCAGCUUGCGCAGAUUAUACGACAGCAGAAAAACCCGUUUACUGCUAUAAAGAUCUUUAAUGAAGCCAAAACCAAGUAUCCUAAUUAUCGUCACAAUGGUGCUGUUUAUGCUACCAUGAUUAACCUACUUGGAAGCUCGGGUCAAUUUGAUGAGAUGAAGCAAGUAAUUGAACAGAUGAAAGAUGACUCAUGUGAGUGCAAAGAUACAGUCUUUGCAGGUAUAUUUAAGACUUACGCAAGAGCUGGAUUGCUUGAUGAUGCGGUCUCUCUAUUCAAUAGAAUUCCUCAGUUUAAUUGUGUGAAUUGGACUGCAUCAUUCAAUACCCUUUUACAGAUAAUGGUGAACGAGUCUAGGCUUGAAGCUUUCUACCGUCUUUUUAAGGAAAAUUCUCGUGGUUGGGCAGUUAAGUCUAGGAUUGGUUCGUUGAAUUUGCUAAUGGAUGCUCUGUGUCAGAUUAAACGCUCAGACUUAGCACUGCAGGUUUUCCAAGAGAUGAACUAUCAUUGCUGUUACCCUGACAGAGAAAGUUAUAGGAUUCUUAUGAAAGGCCUCUGUCAAGAUGGGAGGCUAUAUGAGGCCACUCAUUUAUUGUAUUCUAUGCUGUGGAGGAUUUCUCAGAAAGGUUGCGGGGAAGAUAUUGUAAUAUAUAGAAUUCUGUUAGAUAGUCUAUGCGAGAAUAAACAGAUAAACGAGGCUGUAGAAAUUCUUGGGAAAAUUUUGAGGAAGGGCCUUAGAGCUCCCAAGAGCCGCAGUAAAGUCACAGAUCUUAGCAAACUUCGGGAUAGUGAAGACAUAGAGCAGGCUAAACUUUUGAUCAAUGAAGCUCUGAUUAAAGGUGCUGUCCCUAGCUCAGCUAGUUAUGCUGCUGUGCUUACUGAUCUCUACGCGGAAGGUAAAAUUUCCGAGGCUAACAAAGUGUUUGAUAAAAUGCGUGAAAAGGGUUUCCGACCAUCACUGAGAAUAUACGAAUCAAAGGUAGCAGCACUGUGCAUAGCUGGUAGAGUUGAUGAAGCUGGUCAGGUAAUAGACGAGGAAAUGCUUAAGAAGGAUAGUGUACCGAAUUCUCAAGUCUAUAGCAUCGUUAUAAAAGGCUUCUGUGAUGAGGGUAAGUCGGAUUUAGCCAUAACGUUUUUGGAAAAGAUGGAUAGGCAGAAAGGUUGUUCACCUGACAAGGAGACUUUUAAUGUUAUUGUUGAUAGAUUGUGUCGAGAUGGGAACUUUGUUGAUGCCAGUAAGAUUAUGGAAAAGAUGUUGAGCAAAUCUUUUUGGCCUGAUUCGAAUACUUUUAGUGCUGUAAUUAGAGGUCUUUGCUCAAUAGACAGGAUAUAUGAGGCUGUAAUGUGGUUAGAAGAGAUGAUUACUCAAGGUAAGGUGCCCAAGUCUUGUAUAUGGAGAGUAUUAGUAGCUUCAGUUACCUGUAACACACAAGAGAUUCGUGAUUGCGUUGAAUUGCUGGAUUAUCUGAGAACUUAAUUCCAUGUCAUAUGGUUUAUGUAAAAAGAUGAAGAAAAGAAAAGGAGUGAGAGCUUUUCAAUUGCGAAUAAUGAAGAAUUUGGUAUCUAUUUUGCCUUUGAAGUAGAAGGAUAAAAUGGAGUUUGGAUUCUACGUGGUGUCACUUGAGCAUUUGGAGCGCACGGAAAACUUUUAUGGGUGCUCUCCCAGUAUUCCUAUGUAGGUAGACAUUCUUCUGUUUUCAUUCUUCGUUUACAGAUUUGGCUGUAUGAUAUACUGCAGAAAUUGUUUUAAGGUUGUUGCUGGUAAAGAAUCCAGAUCUUUUAGACGCAGUUGAUAAUAAGGGAUUCAAUGUGCUUCACCAAUGGGCAGAGACAGCACAAGUUUGGCCAUUAAACUUUCUUUUAAAUGGGGAUUUUCCUGCUGCGAGGACUAAAGUGUUGAGAGAUUUAAUCUACUGCAUGACAGAUAAGAAAGAGGGUGAUAGUCUAUUACAUAUUGCAGCAAGGUCUAAGAAUGCUGAUAUUGUUCGUGCCCUCCUUGGAAAACAAAGAACAAAAAUGGGGAUACACCAUUACACACCGCUCUAUCUUCAAAACAUGAUGAACAACUUGUGUUGUAUUUUUUAUCAUUGGAUUCAACAUUAUGUGAAAUUCAUAACAAUACCUCUCCUUCUUGCUGUUGCUUCAGGAUUUGAACAAGUUAUACAAGAGAUUUUGACAACUCAGGAGGGUUACGUUGAAGCAGGAUGGCUUCUCAAAGGUUUCUGCUCAUUUGUUUUAUUUUCAUUUUGUAUAUCGUUUGUCAUGCAAAUAAAUUAUCCUCGUAUGACAGUGUGAUGCUUAAUUGAAAAUUAUCUCAGUGAUGGAUAUUUCCUUGAAUCAUUUGCAUCUUUAUCUUUGUGCAUAUGUUUUUGUACUUCUUUACAGAAGUGAUUCAUUUUAAUGCCUAUAUUGAUAAGAAGUUGGACUUGAUGUACAAAAAGAAAUGGGAUUAAGGUUUGAAGUUGACUGCAACUGACCGCGAAGCCGCCCAGAAGAACAGGAAAAAAAAAAUGAAGGAUUAUGAAUUACGUAGUAGUAGGAGAAAUGUUUUAAAUUGGAUCACUACUUCGUAUGGGAAGGGUAACUUCUAUGUAACUAUUAGAUAUUUAGAUACAAUCAAUAUAAAUACUACUCCGCAAAUUAUUAUUCAAUAAAAUUAAAUAAAAAAAACAGACACUUCUCUUCAGUGACUUUAUUUUUUCAAAUUUUCUUCACACAUUUAUUUUUUUUAUCCGUAAAUUAUGUAUGUUUUUUGUGACACAUUUUGUCACAUUCAAAAAUUAAAAUGAUACUUGGUUGAGAGUAUGAUGGUUAUUGUUCAAACUACAAAAUAAUAGAGCGCUCUGUGCAUCGCACGGGUUUAAAACUAGUUUACUUAAAAGUGCAAUAUAGCUAUUGCUAUUCCUAAUCAAUUUAAAUGAUACUUGGAUUAGUAUAUGAUUGCAUGCUUCAGUAAUACAGCUUUAAGUAUAUCAUUAACUCAAACUAUCCAGGUUAUACAAAAGUGUUGUAGAUCGCGGUAAUGCAGGAUUGCAGAUGGAUAUUUGGUAAGUGGAAGGAAUCACUCAUCAUUUAUUCUCGCAGGUGAGUGCUUCAUCAAAACAUAAAGUGUAACAUUAAUUUUCAAAUUGCAUUGAAAAGGAAAGUAGCACUAAUUUUCUAUGUUGUUUUUUUUUUUUUUUUGGUAAUGGUAAAGGGGCAACCAAUUAUCAUCCGAAGAACGGAGAACCUCUUCCUUCUGGAAAUUGCUUCAAGAUACAACUACCCAGAUACCAAAUAUGAAGUCAAGGGUUGUAUCAGUGAUGUCAAAUUCACGAAGGAGAUGCUGAUCGAACGAUCACAUUGAGGUCUUAACCAAUGAGCCAAGAUCCGAUCACUUGCCUAUUAUGGGUUUCAGCAUCAACACUGCAACAGGCCGGACAUGGCCUUGGGACUGUUAUCGAUGCAUUGGUGGUGGCGGAACAGGAUAAGCAACCGGAACAGCAUAAUGAGGAGGGUGGUGAUGGUGGUGGUGAUGAUGAGGAUGACCAGGAGGAGGAAGCAUAACCGGAGUCCCAACAGCGGAUACCAUAUGAUGAGGCGGUGGUGGUGGUGCACUUAUUGGGUGGCCCAUUUGUGUCCCAUACAUUCCUAUACCUGCAGCUGCCAUAUUUACAUUUACAUUAGGCGGAGCCCUAUGCUUAUUUGCUGCUGCUGCUGCUGCUGCUGCUGCUGUUCCAACUGCUGGUGCCGCAGGAUUAUUGUUUUGUUGCCCUGUAAUUGGUACUUGAUUUGGUGAUAAUCCUCCUCCAUUCACACUUGUAAUGUCAUGAAUGCUAGAUCUUCUUCUAUCCCUAUUCAUUGAGUUCAGCCUUAUAAAAUAUUUUUGAGCA